CAGACCUGAGAUUCCUCCUCCAGUCGUUGAAAUGCCCAGACAGAUUCAGGAAGCCCCAAUCCCAGCACUCGAGGGGCAAGGGAAUCAGCCUCAUCCUAACAUUCAACAGCAGAAUUUCUUCAUGGGUGAAGGACAAAGACAGCAUGAACCAAUGGAGGCUGCUGCUCCAGUUGCAGACCAUGGCCAUCAACCUCAGCAUAGGUAUAUUCCGCCAGGUAUGAAGGGAAAUGUGGGUCCUCAUCAUCAAUCCUACCCAAGGGACUUUUUUCAGCCACAAGUUCCUCCAGCCCAACUGGUACAGCACGGUCUGCAGAAUCAACCAACUCAAUUAUUCAAUAGAGAUCAGCUAAUAGAUCUGGUACAAGAAACCUAUGGACCAGCCUUGAGGCCAUUGGUACGUCCAACCUACAGGAAGCCUUAUCCAAACGUCAUUGAUGAUGAAAAUCCUUUUCCAAGGGGUUUUAAAUUGCCUGAAUUCACUUUAUUUUCUGGUGAGGUUGGUCAGUCCACUAUUGAACAUAUAGGACGCUUCACAAUACAGUGUGGAGAGGCGUCUGGAGAUGAUAAUUUGAAACUCAGACUGUUUCCUAGCUCUUUGACUAGGACAGCCCUUACAUGGUACCUCAGUCUGCCUCAAAAUUCAAUCUACUCUUGGAGGCAAAUGGAGGACUUGUUUCACACUCAAUUCUAUCGUUGUGAACCGGAAGUGUCUAUGGCAGACUUGUCAAGGUUAGCCCAAAAGCCUGGAGAGUCGUCUCAGGCAUUCCUUGCUAGGUUCCGGAGAGCCAGACUGAAAUGUAGAGUUGCACUACCAGAACAAGAAUUUGUCAAGCUGGCUCAGAAUGGUCUGGAAAUUGAGCUCCGAAAGAAAUUUGAGGGAAUGAAAUUUCGAGACUUCUAUGAAUUGUCUUAUAAAGUGGCUCAGUAUGAAAAUCUGCUGAAAGAAGAUGUUCAAAAGAAAGCUGCAUCACAUAGAACCUAUUACAGUGACCCUAAUUUUGAUCUUGAUGUGGCUGAAGUGGUUACAGACAAGCAUGUUGUUUGUCCAGACCUUGUCAGACCAACUCACCAGCUUGAGACGUCUGUGAGACGUUAUGUUGGUGAGGCUGGAAAACAGUAUACUUUUGAUGUGUCAAAAGCUAGUGAUAUAUUCGACCACCUUAAAAAGAGUGGUCUGAUUAAGCUACUGCCGGGACAUAAAAUCUCGACAGCGGCUGAAAUCGGAGCUAGAGAUUAUUGCAAAUUUCAUAAUUCUUGGAAGCAUUCUACUGAUAAUUGUCUUAUUUUUCAUAAUGUCUUACAAGAAAAGAUUGAUAAAGGUAUCUUGAAAUUUCCAGACAAAGCGAAGGAAACCAUGGGAGUGGAUGCAGACCCUUUUCCAGCUAUGUCUGUCGGCGUGAAUGUUGCAGACCUCAGGAUUGUUACCAGAAAUCGCAGUCUGCCUUAUGCUCAAAGGAACCUUGCUGCCGAAGACUUGAGGUGGGUGCUUGAGGCACGGAGAUCCAGACAUAGUAAGACUGUCAGGUCAGACCAACAGAGGUUUGGGGGGCAAGGAAGGAUCACUAUGACCAGGAACUUCAGUCCAGAAGGUGCUAGACGUUACUCAACUGGUACUAGAUCUCCAAGGAUGGUCAAACUGCCACUUAAGUCACCUUCCAGACGGUGGGAGAAAGUCAGUCAUCCUAAGUUUCCAGCCCAGAAUCCCAGAACCUUGAGGCAUAGACUGCAACGCAAGAGGGCUGAAGAGCGAAAAAGACAACAGAAGCUAGUGGAGGCUGAGGGAAGUUCAUCUCGCAAACCACGCCAACCUACAUAAAGGAACAUGGUGUGGGUGAGAAAAGAGAAAAAUGAGACUAUAACCUAGACUCUACCGAAGGGGGAUGACCAAUCUCUAACCUCUCCAAAGGUGGCAUCUGUCAUUGUGAGUCCAGACGGAGUUUUGAAAGCAACUUUUGAAGCAUAAGAACAGUCUGGGAAUCGAGGAUCUGAAGCAAAAGAAGAUGACACUAUUCAUUUUGGGGAAUUCUUAAUGAAUUUGUCAUGUCUGG